AUGUCCGUGCUUUCUGCCAUCCUGCAAGAAGUACACGAGUCCGUGUCUGGCGGGAUCCAUCCGGCGGUGCUGGCCUUGGUGGAUGCUUUUGUUGCUUAUCUUAAGGAACCAAGGUACCUGAACCCUUUGGGACUUAAUGAGUUGGGGCUGCUAUUCGCCAACUUUUGGGCUGACCUCAACCUGUUGGUGAUCUACAUUUACACACAGCUGAAUCUGAACAAAAGACAGCUUUUGGCGAAUCUGAAGAUGUUCCAGAAUGACCCGAAAACCUUUGACUACUUGGUGGCCUUGGCUAACUACUCCCCUCUGUCUAUCAAGAGGGUGCGUCGUACCGAUCCACACGCCUUGUUUCAGCUCCGUGUCUUUGCAUACUACAAGUUCAUCACGAUUGUCGACUCGAUCGAGAAAGCACAGUACGAUCUCUUCAACUCGAGCAGCCCAGGCGAUAAGCUGACCUUGUUCGAUAAGAUCUUCCGCUUUGACGAGAAGGAUAUAAGGGCGCAGCAGCUCUGGACGGAGAAGAUAAGGCUUCUUCGGAACUUGAACCUCCCCUUGAGCUCCUUCUGUGAAUCCAAGAACAAGGAAGAGUCGGCUCGCUUGGACGAGUUCUUUCUCACCCUAGACGCCACGGAAAGCGCCACCUUGCACGACAUCAAGAAGAACUUCAAGCUCCUCAACCUCGUCAAGACUCCAGCCACUAAGCUCAAGUACUUGGUGAAAACCCAGAAGUUGCUUGUGCGCCUCUUGUCCAGCUUCUACAACGACCUGUCCAAGGUGAACAACGACAUCUUGCUCCCCUCACUCAUCUACGUUAUCAUAUACCACCUCCCAGAAGACGUGCCAGAGGUUCCCGAAAUCGACUCACCUCCAGAAUCCUACGACCUUUACCUCAACCUCACCUUCAUCAAGAACUUCUUGAACGUGAUCGACGCGUACAAGGUCGAUGUCAACACCUUCACGCUCAACACGUCCUUGAGUUCUUACAAGCCAACAGGAAAGAAACGCCCGUUUGCCAGAGGAGAGCGCAGAAACUCCAACUCCAACCUUUACGACCUCAUUAACCUCAAGGAAACCAGUGACGAGUUGUUAGAGGACGACUCCGAUCCCAUCUAUACCACCAAGGAGCUUCAGUCAGACAAAGAUUUGAUAGAACACAUACAGAAGAGCUUCUUGAACCACGGCGAGUUGCAGUACUACCUCACCAACUUCGAGGCGGUUAUCUACUUCUUGCUGAACUCCGUCCUCGAGGAGAUCGUACCCGAAGGCUUCUCGAUUCCAGAAUCUUUCAAAGAUAACGAGUUAGUCAACAAGCCCUUGCAUAAGAUCCUUGAUGAUGAGACCAGCCCUGUCCCUGCCAUCGUCAAAACUGAGGUAAACGAGGAGCAACUCGCCAAGACCUUGGACGAGGAGCUCGACAUCAACAGACUGCGCUCUGGUUCGCUUUUCAACACGAUUACCAGCGCAGUUCAGUCGUCGGUAAACCGCUCCCGCUCAAACUCUGGAGCCAUCAAGAGCAAAGAGACAGGAGUUAUUCAGAAUGAUUUCGAAUCGUCCAUUUAUGGCGCACCUUUUGCCAACGGAGAAGCAUACGGUUUCGGUCGCAUGAGAAACAUUCUAGGGAAGCUCGGCUCUUCUGCGAUACAAUUCCGUCAGGGCUUGGAAGAUGAGUUGAAUCAGAACCUCGGUGGAUCCGACACUCAACUCAAUGAGACCAGGCAAAAGCGUGCCAGCACACUUUUAGACAAGAUCUCGCCCAACCAGUCCAGAACAAGAUCAGAGUCUCUUGACACUGGUGCAUCAUCCACUAUCAAUACCCAUUCACGCAAGCCUACCUUCUCACUGAAGUUCUCAUCUGCAGCAUCAGAAUUCAUGACGAAGUUCAGUGCAGCUGCAAACAACCCAUCUGGCACCGUGCAGCCAAACCAAGGUCACGCGUCCAAUCUUUCAUUGCAUUCUUUUGAAGAUUCACCAUUUCAGGAGCCUAGACCAGCUAUUGGUGAGCGUUCAGCUAGUCUCCAUACCAUGGAUAGGUGGUUUAACAACUUUACCAAUGAAGAGGGUACCUCCAACAACAACAACCUGAAUCACCAAUCAUCAAGCAGUGCAGCAAGCAAUGCUUUCACCAACAACGAAGACUCCUUGUUUAGUUCAUCAGCUGAGGAGUUGACCAAGUUUCAGCAUACCGAUUUUGACUCAUUGACCAUACAGGAUCUCAAACUCAUGAAGAAUUAUUAUGACCAACUUUGUCAGGAGUAUAUCGCAUCCAAGACGGAUUCUAAGACCAGCAACGAAUACCUUCCUUUGGACGCCAAAGAGGAAACUUUGUGA